UGUCUCCUUUUCGUUCAAUCCUCUGUCUAUUGUUUUCUUUUGUUAGUUUUCUUCUAGAGAUCAUCAGAUAUUGAUGGUAAACUCAAUAUGUUUUAAAUUGUAUUACAAAAGUAAAUUGUUUCAAUAAUUUGGUCAAAUUAAACUUUCCCCUUCGAAGACCAAAUCAGCUUAUUAGUGUUUCGAGUCUCCAUUUAUAAUCUUGAUAUUAUCUAAAUUUGAAUAAUCAUAUUUCUGAUUCUUUGUCUCUCUCUCUCUCUUUCUCUCUUUCUUUCUUUCUCUUCUCUCUCACUCUCUCUCUGUUGGUAUUAACCUCUAAAAUCGUACCUCUUACUGUUUCUCUCUCAGUGUGUGUGUUUAUUUAUAAGACAAAAUGACCUUUAUGUUUAAAAAUGAUUCUAAACAAAAUCGACUUGCGAAUGGUCAUCAUGGUCUUUCGAUGAUAGUUAAUUGGUUAACUUGUAUUAUAUUUACCAUUUAUUUACCUUCCUUAAUCUCUGGAAAUAACAGUAAACCCUUUUAUACGAAAAGUGAUCUAGUUAUCGAUUCUUUUGUGAUUAAAACAAACACCAUCAUACGAACCUCCGAUUCCCUUAAUGCAGGAGCCAAAUAUCUAAGUGAAACCGAAAUGUCCUCCAGCCAACAGUGUCUUCUUUGGUGUUGGGAUAAUCGUAACUGUACCCUUGCAGUUUAUGAAGAAAAGAGUCAAGGAAGUUGCUAUUUAUUUGAUUGUGGUCCACCUGACCAGAUGAAAUGUAAAUUCACUGGACAUGAUCAUUAUACAAGUUCAUUGAUAAAAUUUAAUCGAUACUCUGUUGAUGGUAACACGAUUGACCAAAGGAAUCAGGCUAAACACGAAAGUGAUCUGGUCAAUCUAAGAUCAACCUCAACCUCAACAACUUCAGCAAAGCCAAUUCCAAUUUCUAACAACAAUUCCAACGGUGUUUAUGUUACAUCAACAACCUCUGGGAGUUUAAUUCUUCCACCAUCUUCAGGAUUAUCACCGUAUACAUCUACUUCCGCGUCAAUCAAUGCUUGUAAACGUCAUCAAUUUCAAUGUCGUAAUUCAAGUGAUUGCAUAGCAAUUUAUAAUGUUUGUGAUGGGAUUGUUCAAUGUUCCGAUGGAUCUGAUGAAGCUGUUGACCUGCACUGCCCAUCGGAAUCAGUUUAUACUUCAAUUGAGUCUCAAGUGGCGAUUCCUCCUCCUAAUGGUGGAUCAAAUCAUCAAAGAUCAGCAUCACCUCCAAUUGCGGCAUCACCUUCGUCAUCCUCGUCAUCUUCCUCGACAUCAGUCUCAUCUUCUGUACCUUCGUCGACAAUCAACUUUUCAAACUCCCCAAAUAAAAAUGAGAUGAAGGAAAAUGAAGUAACUAAUGGAAUAAAAAAUCAUCCAUUCGACUCCAAGAAACCAAUCGAUGCGACAGAUUUCAAUUAUCCAAAGAGCCCUGACUUUGUGAAUGACCUGAAAGAGAAUGGUAGAUUACCGAUGAAUUCGCAUAAGUUCAACGACUUUAAUCCCGGUCGAGAUAAAUUUGAGGCUAAAUCAUAUUAUCCAAAUUACGGAGGACAAUACUAUCAACCACCCCCACCGCCACCACCACCGCCGUCAUCUUUGUCAGCUCCUGGUGCUCAUGGUGAUUUCUAUAAUGGACCAAGACCGCGAGGAUUUCCCGAUAGUGAUUAUCCUAAUAACUUUCCUCGAGAUGUCAACUAUUGGCAACCAGAGACUGGGUUAGUUGGUCCUAAUUCAAAUAUGAGAUCAAACAAUUUAGAUCACAGUUUAAUCAAUUCAAUUUAUCAUCAAUAUCGGUCACCAAAUGAAAUUGGACCAAUGAGCGUUAAUGGUAACGACGGAAUAGCUUCUCACCCUCAAACUUCACCACUUAUAAGGAGUCCCUGGUCUAAAAACUCGUACAUAGAUUCUUACCCUCACAAGCCGAGUGAAACACCAAACAAUCAGAAUAAUCAAGUAACUGGUAUGGAAUUGGCAGAGAAUCAAGGGUCAGUAUCAGGUGGAGCAAAUAACGACGGUAAUAAUAAUAGUAAUCGACAAAAUGUAAUGGCUCGAACAGCUCAGGAAUAUUCACCACCAGUUCGAAAGGCCAAAAAUUCCCAGUCAUUCGCGGAUGAUCUAAAAGAACACGCAAACAAGAUAGAAACGGGCACACGAACAGUAGCACCAACAACAACAGUGCAACCGAUUGUCAGUCCAACACCAACGCUUCAAGUAGCACCAAACAAAGCGGUUGCACAUUUGAAUUCCGAUAAGAUGACCAACGAUUGGGAAAUGCCGAUCGCGGUCACACAUUUAAGUAGCUCCCAGUCGGGUAGAGACACAAAUUCAGCGGUCAUUGCGCUGGUUCUCGGAGUUGGCAUAAGCGCAAUGCUGAUCGCACUGGUCGGUUGUCGGAUGAAAUUCAUAAAGAGACGAAUCGCCCGGCGAGGUCGCAAUUUAGCCCAUGAUGCUGAUUAUCUUGUCAACGGAAUGUACCUUUGAAACCAAAGUAUUAAAAAGAAGAUGACAAACAAUUAAAUCAACACGAGAAAAAGGAAGAGAGCGAAACAACAAAAACAAGAUAAAUGUACUAUUUUGACCCCGGCGAAAAGCGAUGAGGCGACAGUUUGACCUUACGAAAAGACCACAAAGAAAUAAGCUUAGCUUGACACAGAAAAUUCCUUUUGUUUUGUAGCUACAAUCAGUUACCAUUUUCAAUCCGUUUUUCUUUCACUUCUAAAUUUGAAAAUGUUAACCCAUUCAAAGAACAGGUAAUUCAUUCCCUCUGAAUGAAAUCAAUCAAAAUACUAAAUCAAUUAAAUUGGAUGGAAAUUUUCACUCGAUUAAACCUUUAUAAUGGA